AUGAACUUCUUAUCAACUACAUACAAUAAUGACAUAAAAACAGGAGUUUGUGCCAUCAUCCCACUAUCUUCUUCCUUUAUUCCAAUGUGUCAAACACCAAUACCUGACUUUUCACGACUAGUAAACAGGCAAGUUGAAACUUACGAACAAAUAAUGGAUCAACAACUUUCGCAUACUGGAGCGUCAUCUUCAUUAGCUUUAGAUAUCAAAAAGGCUGAACUUGCAACCUCUGAUUUAAGAGUAUUGAUUAAAUAUUCAAGUUUAACAUGUGCUUCAGAAUUGGUAGAUAGAUUAUCUGAAUUUGUUGACAAGUCAAGAAAUGUUGGUAGAAAUUUACAAGUAUUACAAGCAAGGACUAGAUCUUCGCUUGAUAAUUUGAUCACAUAUAAUUUGUUUGCUUUGAAAGCAUUGGAAAAUGUAAGAGAUAAGAAAGUUAGCGGUAAAGAUUUGGCAGAAGCUUAUAAUCAAAUGAUGACUUUGAUAGAGAAUGAUUUAAAAAGAAUGAUUUUUGUUGGUCAGGAUUCUCUUGGAAGUUUAGCUGAACUUGAUGAAAUACUAUUAUCAAUUCAUGAUUUAACAGCACAUGAGGAAUCAUUACAAAAAUUAGGAAAUUCUCAAUUAUUAGCUGAAAUUUGGUCAUUUUUAGGUGGUAAUCGUGUAAAACGUCAAAAAUUUGAAGAUAAUCUUUCACUGUUAAAUGAUCUUGAUCGCCAAAGACGUGUAGCAAUAUCCCAGAUUCAAACCACAUUAUAUUCGCUAACCUCAUUUCAAUUGGACAUGGAGGAGUUAAGAGAACAAGUAUCAAGACCUUCUUUGAUUGAAAUGCCUAUUCAAGUUCAUAUUGAAAGUGUUCAUAGAGGGAUUGAAAGAUUAAGAAAUAGUAGGUUAAACUUGAUCGAAGGUCAAGAGACUAUUAUGAUUAGUUCUCAACAAAAGAAACAAACUCAAUAG